GGAGCCGCGGCCACGGCGCCGCCUUUGCUCCGGGGCUCCGGCUUCCAGCCCGGCUCGCCCGGCCCGCGGGCCAUGGAGCUCCGAGCAGCGGAUCGAGAGCCACCGGCGCGUCCCAACUUGCCCGCCCGGUGCCUGGCUCCCACCCCUUCCCAGCCCUGGAGACAGCAGCUCUCUAGCUGCUGAGUGGCAGUGACAGCAUGAAGGCUCAGGGUCGGUUCCUGCUCGUCAUCCUGUGCUCCUUGGGCUUCUCCGCUGCCUAUAUCCUCCUCUGCUGCUGGGCCCGCCUGCCCUUCUGCAUGGCCUCCUGCCUGGGCUCCCGCCUCUCCACCAGCUCCAGGCCCACUGUGCCAGGACCCCUGCACUUCAGUGGAUAUAGCAGAGUGCCGGAUGGGAAGCCGCUGGUCCGGGGGCCAUGCCGCAGCUGUGCCGUGGUGUCCAGCUCUGGCCAGAUGCUGGGCUCGGGCUUGGGCGCCCAGAUCGAUGGUGCUGAGUGUGUGCUGCGCAUGAACCAGGCGCCCACCGUGGGUUUUGAGGCGGACGUGGGCCAGCGCAGCACCCUGCGCGUGAUCUCGCACACGACGGUGCCGCUGCUGCUGCGCAACUACUCGCACUACUUCCAGCAGGCCCGCGACACGCUCUACGUGGUGUGGGGCCAGGGCAAGAACAUGGACCGCGUGCUGGGCGGCCGCACCUACCGCACGCUGCUGCAGCUCACCAAGAUGUACCCGGGCCUGCAGGUAUACACCUUCACCGAGCGCAUGAUGGCCUACUGCGACCAGGUCUUCCAGGACGAGACUGGCAAGAACCGGAGGCAGUCAGGCUCCUUCCUCAGCACCGGCUGGUUCACCAUGAUCCUUGCCCUGGAGCUAUGCGAGGAGAUCGUGGUCUAUGGAAUGGUCAGCGACAGCUACUGCAGGGAGAAGAACCACCCCUCAGUGCCUUAUCACUACUUCGAGAAGGGCCGGCUGGACGAGUGUCAGAUGUACCUGGCACAUGAGCGGGCGCCCCGCAGCGCCCACCGCUUCAUCACGGAGAAGGCUGUGUUCUCCCGCUGGGCCAAGAAGAGGCCCAUCGUGUUCACCCACCCUUCCUGGAGGGCCCAGUAGCCCCGCCGCCCCGCCGGCCACGAUGCCUUCUCCAGGCCUCCGUUCCUCUCACACUCCGCCAAAACCAUUUAAUUUAUGGAUCCUGCCUCUGCCGCCUGCCAGGUGGACCUAGGGUUCCUUCCUGCCCUACCCUGGGGACACUUGGAGCCAUCUGGGGCCUCCAGACUUGAAGGGUAGAAGAGAGAGGCCAUGGUGACCUUUGUACCCCCCUCCCAUCCCCAUUCCCUGAAUAAUCUGAAUCUCAGUUGCGGGGUUCAUCCCACCUCGGGGUCUGUCCAGUGGCCUUUGCCUCUAGGUCUGACGGUCCCCCCACUCACCAGCUUUGUAACCUUUGACCUUGCACCAGCCAUGGCCCUUCCUCUCCACACUCCCCCUCCCCAAGCUUUUGGUGCCACACUUCCUAGGCUGGUUGCCCUGCUUGGGGCAGCCCAGAGCUUGGGGUUCGUUGGGCAAAGGGGCCUUUGAACUGUGACUGCCAGGGCCACCUUGCGUGUACGGGUAAACUGUUUUCUGGAACCCUGUCUCCAGUGUGGUUAUGUGUCGGGCUGGGAACUAGGGCCGCUGUCCCUGCCACAGUCCCGUAACCUAUUGACUUGAAGGCAGGCCAAGUGCUGGGCCCCUCCCCUAACCCAUUUAAUCUGCCUGUGCGUUUCUCCCCCAAGAGCCUGCCCCCUUCAAAAACCAGGUCAGAGCCCCAGAAGGAACGGCUCACAGUGGGGAGGAGACUCCUCCACGCCGUGUCUUCUGUCCAGGGUCACAUUCCUUGCCAGUUAAAUUUCCUAUGCCCGAGAAUACAUUUAUUGACUUUAGAGAGAGAAGAAGGAAGAAAGAGGGAGAAAUAGCGAUCAGUUACUCCCUGGAGGUGCCCCACCCAGGGACCCAACCCAAAACCUAGGUAUGUGCCCUGACUGGGAAUCAAACCCGUGACCCCUUUUUUCAUGGGAUGAAGCUCCAGCCAACAGAGCCACACCGGCUGGGGCUAAAUUUCCUGUUAACUCUGGAGUUGGUUAUACUGCAAGAAAGAGGCUGGGAAGAGGGGGCAGGCUGGAGGCUUGCCUUCUCAGAGCCUCAGUUUCCUCACCUGUGAAGCGUGCAAAGCCGCCUCACCGGCAAACAGCAAGGGUGUGCAGCUACCCUGGCAGGGUGGCUCCUGUUAGCCCACUUGACAGGUGAGGUGAAGCCACGGGGCUGAGCCAGGAUGGAGUCCCAGGUCUGAGAGCUGAGCCUGUCUGGGCCCGGAACCCAGGAACUGGGAUGAACCCACAGGCUUUACCAUCCCAGGAGGUAAAGGAGUAACAGAGGGCCAGGUUCCCAGACUUCAGGUGCUCAGCUGG